UUUCAGUGUGGGAUUCUGAUGUGAACAGGUCUAUUCUGCAACUUCCCCGCCUUGUCAUCUGUCCGACAUCGGAUUCCAAACAAAAAUAUUGACACGACCGACACGACACGCAAACAUGGAUUUAUAUCUACUUAUUGGUAUUGCUGUUGCUCUGCUAGUGGUGCUUGUAACAUUAUUGUUCCUUUCGAAAGGAAAAGGCAAAACUGAAGACGGCGCCCGACAGGAUCAGGAUGGGCGGGAAGCAAACGCACCGCCACGUCGCGCCCAGGUGGUCCGCAAUCAACGGAACCGGGCCAGAGCAGCCGCCGUUGCGCCGGUUGAACAGAAUGCAGCUGCUGCUGCAGAUCCCGACGAGGAAGAUGAUGAGAUUCCGCAUGCGGGACAGGACUUAGGGGCCGAAAAGAUGGGCGCCAAGAAGCGUGCCAAGCUGGAGGCCAAAGCGGAGAAGAAAGCGCAGCGGGAACAGGAGCUGAAAAUGCGGGAGGAUCAAAAGAAGAAGGAUGCUUUGGCUGAGGAGGAAAGGAAACGACAAGAGGAAAAGGAGGCCGAAGAGGAGCGGAAACAGGAGGAGGCGGAGAGGAAAGCCCGAGAAGAAAGGGAAAGAAAGGAGCACGAGGAGUACCUAAGGAUGAAGGAAGCUUUCAGCGUCGAGGAAGAGGGAUUCGACCAGGAGGAGGACAACGAUAAGCAAAACAUGCUCCAAGAGUUUAUCAACUUUGUUAAGGAUAACAAAGUCGUCGUCCUAGAGGAUUUAGCGGUACACUUCAAGCUAAAAACGCAGGCAGCCAUCGAUAGGAUAAUUGAGCUGCAGAAGGAAGGUCGUCUGAGUGGCGUCAUUGAUGAUCGAGGAAAAUUCAUCUACAUUUCCGAGGAAGAGCUUAAUGCAGUUGCCAAAUUCAUCAAGCAACGAGGCAGAGUCUCGAUUACGGAACUGGCAGAAAAUAGCAGUAGUUUGAUCAAUUUGGCACCGGUUGCCACUGAAGUAAAAUAAGCUGCCCAACAGGGUGAGUAGUGAACGUUUUGAGUUGAAUUACAAAGUUUUCAAGUUGAA